AUGGGGGCCAAUGCCACUCCCACUCCCAGCCUAAUUGCACCAAGAACCCAGGAGAUCGAGAGCCCAGGUUACACUCCCUCAAGUGAGGCCCCUCCCCCAUUCAAGACAACAGCCGAAAUGGGCCUCAGGAUGGACGUUGGGAAAGACCAGGAAGAAGACUGCGAUUCCUGCCCAGUUGUGCUGAGGCUCUGGGCUCUCCAGAAGCUACAGCCCAACCUGGGGCAGCUCACAGUCUCCAGUGGAGGGGGAAGCGUCGCGCGACCGGCCUCCGCCUCCUUCUCCCUAACCGCCCCGCCCAUAACUCUGGUGCCUGGGGCCCACAGCCGACUUCGCUUUGGGGCUGCCGCUGCACCCGAUCCCGCGACUUCCGGGUGUCCCCAAGCCCCUCCCGGCGGCGCUGAAGCGCACGUGCACCCCAGCAGGCUGACCCACAGGCCGCCGCCACGCAUGCAAACCCGUGCCUGCACGUACGUGCACGGCCCACAUCUGCACAGACGCCCCUACAAAACUGCGCUCUCCCCUCGCUCGGGCCCCGGGCCCACGUGUGCUAGCCGCGCACCCGGCCCACGGACGGACGCCCGCAUGCCCGCGGGAGGUCCCGGAGCAGUGGACGGUCGGGCCGCAGAGCCGGGCCAGCCACCGCCUCGGGGCGAUCCCUCCAGCCUGGGCUGCGGCCAGAGGGUGAGUCAAGCGGUGGCGAGGAAACCGCAGGGCCGUCCCGUCCCAGAAGGGCGCGUCCAGGGCCCCGCGGCGCCUGAGCGCCCGCCGCCUUUCAGACCCAGCCCCCCAUCGCCCCCUCAUCCCAGCCAGGCAAUCCACGUGAGCCGGACCGCCAGGAGGCCCGAGGGCUCCGCCCGGGCUCCUUCUCGUCAGAUCCACGCCGGACGCCCGCCGGAGCCCCAGAGCGCUACCAGGCCUCGGGAGCCUCGAAGUCCGGGGCAAGUGGAGCAGCGGCGCGACCCCCGCCCCCGGCCCGCCCGCCGAGGGCCCGCGGCUGCCAGAAGCCGCAGCACCUCGGCCCAAGCCCGGCGCGCUCCAUCCCCGGGCCGGCCGGUAGGGGCGCCCUGGGGCAGCGCCACCCGCCCCUUCCCCACGCGCCGCCCGCAAACUCGGCCCAAGUUCCCGCGCCCGCUCCUACCUGCAGGGCGCCAGGCUUCCCGCUGCCGCUACCUCGGGUCGAGGCCGCAUCCUCCAGCGCCGCCUAGGCCGCUGGUCCUGGUCGCGCCUGGCGCUGCGCUGGAGGCCGCAGGGAGCACCAAGCCCGGAGCCACCCUCCUCGCUGCCGUUCGCGCCGCCGCCGGGCGCCGUCUGCGGUCCCGGGCGGGGCGGACUGGGGGCGGGGCGGGGGCGGGGCGGGCCGCGGGGUGGGAGCAGAGCCCGGCCGCGCCUCUGGGAGCCUCAGCUCCCCCGGGCCAGGGGGUUCGGAGGGCCUGCGUGGGGCCAGCUCUCCGGGGACCGGGCCGCGGGCGCUGA